AUGAAGUCCGCAUGGCAGAUUGCUUGGAGUGAUUUGGCGGAGGACGGUCCGCAGACCGAGGCAAGCGAGACAGGGAAAAACCCGACGUGCUUCCGGCGGAAGAAACAAGCAAACGCAAAGGAUAAAGCAAUUGGCAACGGAUACCAAGCGCGGUGCCUUGCCGGCAAACGUGUGAGAGAAAUCUUACGUACGUGA